AUGUCGGCCACGGGGGAAGGAGACCCGGCCCCAGGAGGCCCAGAGGGCCCCGCGGGUGCAGCUGGGGCCCAGGUCGAGACGGCCAGAGCCGGCGACCGGGUGGACCGCGACUCAGAGCCUCGCGGGGGUGAUGCGGUGCCGGGGGCCUGGGGAGGCGCUGGGGAGGUGGCCCUGGAAGGCAGGGGCGCUGAGGAGGACUCGGACAACAGGCCGGCAGAAGAGGAGGAGGAGGAGGAGGAGGCAGGGGGCCUGGACCGCGUGGUAGAAGAGCACUGGUUCCCCAUGACGGGCUUCCGCUUCGUGUGCCUGGAGCUGGUGUCCUCACUGCUGCGCCGCAUCUACUACAACCACCACAUCCUCGUCCCGACCCUGCUGAGCUGGCACCAUGCUGGACGUGGGGAGAGGCCCACAGCCCAGGAACCCGAGGAGGCGGAGGAGGCUGAGGCCGGCCUCCCAAAGUCUGUAUUAUUAUUCACUAAAGAAACAACUAAAUAUCAGGAUGAGAACGUCAAUGAGGAGGCCCAAGGUGCUAAAAGUGAGGGGGAAAGAGAGAAGUUUAACAAAAAACAAGAACCUGAAAAGGAUCUGAACCCAGCAGGACAGACCCAGAAAGUCCAUGUAGCUUUGAAAAUAACCCAGCGGUUCCCAGGUGCUUACCAAUUUUGUUUUCGUUUUUCAAUUCUCCCAGUGAAUUGA